AUGCAGAGGCUCCGACAGUACACGCUCUACCACACGAUCCGCUUGCUGUUGAAAGCGGACCCCCUGCGGUAUUUGCUCGAUAGCCCCUCCUCCAUGAGGAACAUCGCAAAAUGGCGCCGUCAACUGACAGAGUACGACAUAGAGUACGUGCCCCGCACGUCUGUCAAGGGGCAGGCGAUUGCCGACCACCUAGCAGAGUUCCCGACCGACGACGACACGCCGAUUAACACAGACUUCCCGGAUGAAGGAAUCCUCCAGGUGGACGAAGAGAAAGAGGAGCCAACGUGGAAGAUGUACUUUGACGGGGCUGUCAAUUCUGUGGGAUCAGGACGGGGCAGUCCCCGGAAUUACCCGGUCGCCGCGAAAGUGGAUUUCUCCUGUACCAACAACGUGGCCGAGUACGAGGCAUGCAUCCUCGGUUUGCGAGCGGCUAUCGAUUUCAAUGUGAAGGAGUUAGAGGUAUCCGGUGACUCCAUGCUCACGAUCUUCCAAACGCUGGGGCAAUGGAAGACGAAAGACGCAAAGUUAGUCCCAUACCAUGAGUAUCUUGAGGAGUUGGCGAAGAACUUCAAGAAGAUCUCAUUCACCUACACUCCGAGCGCGAAGAAUCAGUUCGCGGACGCACUCGCAACACUCACAUCUAUGGCGAGUAUCUCAGGGGGGGACAUCGUAGAACCUCUCGAAAUCGAAGUGGCCAAAGGCCCGGCCCACUGCAACGUGAUUGAGGCAUCCGAAGCGAAGCCGUGGUACGAAGACAUCAGGAACUUCUUGCAAACGGGCCAAUAUCCCCCAUUCGCCGAUCGCCGCGAUCGAAAGACGCUCAGACGCCUCGUGAUGCACUACUUUCUGAGUGGCGAGAUACUAUACCGCCGCUCCUUUGAUUCCACGCUCCUCCAGUGCAUCAACGAACACGAAUCGCGGCGUCUUAUGGAAGAAAUUGCCUUCUUGUCAGUUAUUUCCUGCAAUGGGAAAAGGGGAACAAUGAAGGAACAACCUAUAUUUGCGAUUUCAGCGUAA